AGGCAGCAUCUCAGGAACUUCUGCCUGAAAUAAAAGCAUCUGUUGAGAGCUCGCUGGAGACAAUAAGGCGUGCGCACUUUACGCAUUUGGACAUCUGUAUACCAUUACCUCGUGUUUAUCCAGGGUCUUUAAAGAAUUGGAUGCUCACAUUAAGGAGCAAUCGGAGAGUAAACUGUUUGCAGGAAAAGCUGCAAGGACGAUACUAAGGGAGGAUAAACAAGAAGCCAAAAAAAAAAGGAUCGGAGAGGGGAGAGGGGACGACAUGUUUGGCAUGAUGAAGAACUCGCUGUUCGGUAACACCGAGGAGACGGAAUACAAACUGCUGAGCAGCGAGAUCAAGGAUGGAGUUAGCUUCGAGGUGCGGCGGUACGAUGGCGCCAAAUACGCCGUGGUGUCCUCUGAAGGGCGGACCUUCGACCAGGUGACGGGCGAGCUGGUGAGGAAGCUGCUCAUGUACAUCGGAGGGAGCAACGAACAAGCUGUUGCCAUGGGUACAGCGGCUCCCAUCAUCAUCACAGUUUACCCGAGAAAUGACGGUGUCCUGUCUCGCCGUUUGGUGGUCGCCAUCAGAAUCCCCACCAGCUACCAGCAGGAGCCGCCGACCCCCAGCGACACCACCAUCACAGUGGAGGACCGGCCCGGCAUGACCGUCUACGCUCUCCGGCAGUUUGGAGGCUUCGCGGCGGAGAGUGAGUACCGAGCGGAGGCCUUGCGUCUGACUCGUACUCUGGGUGAGACGGCUCCCUUCCAGCGUAAGCAGUAUUUCUGCUGCAGCUACGACCCGCCGCUGAAGCCUUACGGACGCCGAAACGAGGUGUGGUUUCUACAGGAGGAGCCGUAGGAGACAAUCAAUCCAAUCCGAGUCAAAUCUGAUGCCGAGUCCUUGAUCUAACCUCCAUUACACUUUCACUGCCGACACUCCUGUAGCUCUAACAGUAUUUGAUUGGUAAGAGCACUUGACAAACCAUAACCCAAAUGGACAGAUAGAGAGUAUAGGCUUCUGUUGAGCAGAAAUGUAUCUUAGCGAGUAAUUUAAUCUGCAUUUCAAUACAACCAAAUGGAGUUUUUCGGUCCUAGAAUAACACGUAAAUCCAUAUAGUCCCUGUAAUGCUCUCAUCUCGCUACAUAACUCACAGUAGGGCUUUGCACAUCUUUCAUUUGGUUUAGAAUGUUGAACGUCUACAGAGAAUAUAUAUAUAAUGAUAGAAUAUUAAAUGGGAGUAAAAAACACACUUCCUUUUCCUGAGUAAGGAUUGGGAAAGAAAUAGGAUUUGAGCCAUAAAGUAGAUCUAGUCUUUAUGAAUUGAGUGGAAAUCAGCUAGCUAGCUAUAUGUUGUUAUAAACUCUGUGAUCAGAUGUGAAUCCAGGAAGCAUUUAUGUGUUGUGAAUAUUUUGUGUUUAGUGCAUGACAAUGCCAUCUUUAUUUAUUGUGUAAAGCGAUACAUCUGUACCGUGUGAUUUACCUGUGAAAAGUCAAUAUAAUGUUCAGGUUGGAUAGUGUUUCAUAAUAUAAUAAAUAUAUUAUU